UCCUUCGUUUCAUGUUUAAAUCUGUUAAUCUGUUGACUUGGCUUAACGCUUUACGCUUGUGUCAAUUAAUCUUUGUGUGACGUGUAAAACAGUAAUUGUUGAUAACUUUCCGGGUUAUUAAGCCCCAAGACUUCUAAAAGUGUAAAUAAGAAGCCACCACAAUGAUCACAGACAUCCAGCUGGCGAUUUUCUCGAACAUUCUAGGAGUUUCCAUAUUUUUGUUGGUUAUCCUCUACCACUAUAUUAGCGCGAAUAGCUCGAAAUGAAUGGUUCUUCAAAAUCUCAAACAAAGAAAUGUAUAUUUACAGCAAGAAACUACAAUAUAUUUUAAGAUGUAAAUAAAUGAAGCUUUUAUCCUAUUUAUAUUUGUCUUUUUUUGUGAGGAUAGGAUGAUAAUUUAACAUAAUUCUUUUGAAAUACCAAAUUGCCAUUCUGUGCUUGAGGAAUGUAAUGCUACAAUAAUAAAUGGUAUAAA